AUGUCGCAAUCAGAGGUCAAGCGCAAACGCGCGCGAAUGGCAUGCGAGCCAUGUCGCGAACGCAAGCGAAAAUGCGACGGCGAUGAGCCGUGCAGCACUUGUCGCGAAUGGGCUUAUGAUUGUUACUACGAUCGUCAGCCUCGACGGAGGCGCACCCAGCAUCGAGAGACCCCCACAGAGGUUGUUCCGGGACCAAGCUCCCCUUACAAGGCCCCAGCGGAUGAGAAUGGAUUAGUCCGUCGUCUGGAGGCUAAUUCUGGGGCGGCGUUUGUACGGAAGAUGGGCCUGAAAAUCGACCCUGCCAAAGCUCCCAAACUUAGUCUUUUUGGCUGGAAUAUUGGCAAGCGACAUCUUUCUUCGCAACUGGGCAGUGUUAGCCCGGCCCUUACAAUUACCGAUAUUACAUCCUUGGAGCACAUGAAAAGUCUUGCUCAGGUCUACUUUGACAAGGUGCACCCGUGUUAUGGAUUCAUCGACCGUUCUGAGUUUUUUGAGCGGUUAACAGCUCGAUGGCAGUCAUCAUCGGCUAAUGAGCUGUAUGACAGUGUUCUGGGUGGUGUGGCCGCAAUAGGAUGUUUGUUUUCUCAACGCAAUAUGACUAUGACCGAAAUACAUCUGGUCGGGUCAGCGUGCUCCACGCUAGAAAUGCACGUCUUGUCAGGCACCCCUCCAGCAGACCUUCUCACUGGAUGGACCCUACGAGUCAUAUACAUGCGAAUGACAGACUCACCCCAUGCUACGUGGAUGGCCAGCUCAAGAUUGAUGCACCUAGUCGAGGCCGCGGGUUUCCAUCUAGAAUCCACCGAGUCGGUGUUCCCACGCAGCUGCACCACAGGCUGCAAUUCAGAUACCCGAAGAAGACUAUUUGGAGUAGCUCAGCAUCUCAAUAUGUGGACUUCUUAUGACCUUGGUCUGUCCAGGGUGUCUUUCCAAAAGAAUGAUCUCCCAUUGCCCGUAUCAGUCAAGCCUGGGGAUUUCACCCAUGAGGUCUUAGGUCUCUUGCCCGUAUCAGCAAGUCUGGACCCAGGGAAUUCAAAAGAAAAUGAAGUGGAUCUUGAAGCGACGCUAUCUAACACGUUAGACGGGGUUCACAAUGAGGCCCCCUCCAUCAUGGCACAGUGCAACCUUACGCUUUGCAUUCUCAGACGGAUCCACACUCAAAACCUGGACAUACCAUCUCAUCUCGCAGAGAGGGUUCUAACCCUACUAGAAAAAGCUCUGAACUGCUCACGAGCAAUGAUUCUGAAUUGCACUCCAUGGCAUCAACUGGCAAAUGUCCCAUUUCAAAUCACAUGUGUCCUGCUUGUCAUGGACACAAGGCCAUCACUAUCAAUGCUUCCUGAAGCCAUGCAGACAUUGAAGCUUGUUGCAUCCACAUAUGACACGGAUAGUAUGCGAGAAGCAUGGAGUGCUGCUCGCUUGCUCGUGAUGCUUCAUCAACAGCGCCGGAAAGACGACAUAGCUAUCUUCAAUCAGUCCCUUGACCUGGAGCCACCAGAAGUUCCUCUAGGAAUAUCUCCACAAGAGAACCCAAGUGCCGAGGAAUACUCCUGGCUGGGCGCUCUUGUUGCUGACCUUCCUGGUCUGCAAAAAGUAGACCUUGAUCAAUUUCUCAAUGCGGAUAUGAUGGAUGGAUCAAGUUUCCUGGAUGGAUAA